UCGUACAUAUCACUCAUAUAGUCAUAUUAGUGUGUCACGACUUCACAAGAGUGCCCGAGUGCAAAAUAUGCCGAUUCACCUAUAAUAAUUUAUUUUUUAAUAAAAGUACAGAGUCACCUGUUACCAAGUCUAGAAUUUUAUUAAUUCAUCUAUCUACUAAUCAUUUUUUUCUAUUCAGUGGCAGAGCCAAGCAGUUCAAUUAGGCACCAGGCGUUUAGUUUGUUUGAACCGACAGACGACAAUUUUCAGGAAAUUGACUUCUAAAAACAUUUUGCCGGUACAGCAGUUAAAGAUGGUAAAAUAUUUGAAACAAGAUGAGGCCAUUAACAUUGAUCAAGAAUUGUUCAAUGUAUAUAAAUUUAGCGUUGAUCAAUUAAUGGAGCUGGCUGGCUUAAGUUGUGCAACAGCUAUACAAAAAUGCUUUCCACCAAUUAGUCAUCCAAGAGUGUUGGUACUCUGCGGACCGGGUAACAAUGGUGGUGAUGGUUUGGUGUGUGCAAGACAUAUGAAAUUGUUUGGUUACUUAUCUGAAGUGUAUUAUCCUGUGCGCACUGACAAGCUUUUGUACAGUAAUCUUGUGCAUCAGUGCGAGACUUCUGGUGUGCUCGUAUCUGAUUCCCUAGCUGACAACAUAUCCACAUAUGACCUCAUAGUAGAUGCGUUGUUUGGUUUUAGUUUCAAGCCACCAGUGCGAGCAAAAUUCUUGCCUGUCAUGAAUGCAUUGAAAACGGUCGAUAAACCAAUCUGUAGCAUAGAUGUGCCCAGCGGUUGGAGUAUAGAAGGAGUUCCUGAUAAAGAUGGAAUUAAUCCUGAGCUGUUGAUUUCGUUGACAGCCCCAAAAGAAUGUGCCAAAAGUUUCAAAGGAAAAUAUCACUAUUUAGGUGGAAGAUUUGUACCCAAAGAACUAGAAGAAAAAUACCAAUUGGAAUUGCCUGUUUAUCCUGGUGCAGAAUGUUGUGUAAAAUUAUAAAAACAAAUGUGUGUAAUGUAUAAUUUAAUUUUAAAAAUAUGUUUAAGUUUAUAUAAAUA